UAUGUAUAUGGAAACACACGGCCGUCAGAAUACUUCCUCUCGAAACCAGUCAAGCGUGCGGCGAUACUUGUCAAUGCCAACUGAGUCUCAUAGUUGGAUAUUGGCGAAGUAUGGCACGAGCCCUAGCAGUGAGCAGAUGCAGAAUGUGGUUAACCUUGAGCCGGCAUUUCUUGAUUAACCCAUGCAUUCGGUCAAGCUCGCAAACGUCAAAUCGACUUUGCGAAUCAUGGUUGCCUUCUAUACGUGGGACUCCCUGUAGUAGCACCCUG